AUGGAGAUCUGGUUGUAUUUCAGGUCGAAACGCCCUUAUACCCAGCAAGAGCUGGACGUCGAGAAAACUGGGUUGCAGGCUGCCAGUUUGAGAGAUUUUGAUGCACGCCAACGCUGGAGCAUAUUUAAAUCAUGCAAUGUUGAAGCGGAGUCUGAAUGCAAUGUAUCCGUGACAUUCCAGGUGGAAAUGGAAGCAGGAAACUCCAUCAAGUACCGCACCUGCAGCUGGCAAAAGACGGCAGGUCUUCUUUUCUCAGAAUACAUUUGCCUGGCAAUCGUCUCAUUUCCCUAUUCAUAUGCAGUUCUAGGGCUGAUACCAGGCUUGAUUUUGACGGCUGUAAUCGCCCUGAUUGUCUUAUAUACUUCGAUCAUAAUCUGGCAAUAUUGUUUACGACAUCCUACUGUACGGGAUGUCUGCGACAUAGGCCAGCAACUCUUCUGGAAUUCAAAAGCAGCUUGGUAUAUCACAGCCAUUAUGUUUCUCUUAAAUAAUACCUUCAUUCAGGGACUGCAUUGUCUCGUUGGUGCCCAGUACCUGAAUACCAUGACAAACCACAGUAGAUGCACGGUUGCAUUUGCGGCUGUGACAGCAGUCAUCUCUUUUGUCUGCUCACUUCCCAGGACGUUCAAUUCGCUCUCAAAACUUGGCGGUUUUUCUGCCUUUUUUACCUUCUUGUCGGUACUGCUGCUAACAAUAUUUGCGGCUCAACAACCGCAACCCGCAAGAUACAACCCAGAUCCUGACCAUGUUGGGCCCGAUGGAACUAAGCUUGGCGGCGAACCACGCUUCUCGCUAUUUCCGGCACAAGGAACGACGUUUGUUGCUGCCAUGGGCGCAUUUUUGAAUAUAAGCUAUACUUUUAUUGGGCAAAUUACGCUCCCGAGCUUUAUUGCGGAAAUGAACAACCCAAAAGAUUUCUACAAAGCAUUAUUGGCGGUUACAUUUGCGGAAGUUGUUCUCUUUAGCCUCGUGGGUUCAAUAAUCUACGUGUACAACGGCCAGUACACAACCUCUCCAGCUUUCGCGACGCUGAGUAGCGCAGGUGCUAAGGACAUUACAUUCUCCUUGAUGGUCCCCACUUUACUCUUUCUGGGAGUUCUGUACUCGUCCAUCUCAGCCAGGUUUAUCUUCUUUCGGUUAUUCGAAGGCACAUGCCACAAAGGCAACCAUACCGUUGUCGGAUGGCUCUCGUGGGCGGGUAUACUGGCUGUCACAUGGAUAUUUGCUUUCGUCAUUGCGGAAGUCAUUCCAUUCUUUGCUGAUUUACUGUCCAUUAUGAGCUCUCUGUUCGACUCUCUUUUCGGAUUCAUUUUUUGGGGAAUGGCGUAUAUUCGAAUCCAAACUGCAGAGGAAUCGAAACGGCCGAAUGCCUCUCGAAACACACAAGGUUGGAUCGGUUACGCUUUCAGCUGGAUUCUCAUUGGGAUUGGACUGUUCUUCUUAGGGCCCGGUACCUAUGCCUCAAUCCGUAGCGUGAUCCUUAAUUAUGAGAAAGGCAAUGUUGGCAGUGCGUUCAGCUGUGAGGACACCGGGUUGUAG